GAGAGAGAGAGAGAGAGAGAGAGAGAGAGAGAGAGAGAAAGAAAAAGGCGUUUCCAUCAACGAACCGGCAAAACUGUGUAUCCAGACAACCGGACGGACGGAUAGAACUUGCCUGGAACAAAAACAAAGCACUUAUCCACCCUAGCCAAUAGAAUUUCGCCAUAACAAUUGCUUUUGUAAUCGCUUUUAUAUGUUUAUAAAAUAAAAUCCAUCACUAGACGGCGUCCCAGAGCUGACAACAUCCUAAACCAACUAGCCUACAUUCUGGAUAGAGGAGCUGACUGAAGAAGCCGAUUUUGCAGCGAGAUUGUGCGUCAAUCGAAUACAAAUCACAUUUUGAUAACUGGUAGAGAAGUGAACACUAUCUCACCCACAGAACAGGGCAUCUCUCUUCGCGGACUCAUAGCCUACACAAAGCCCGGGACCAUGUCGGAGUACAGCUCUUUGCUCAGUGACCUGUCUGAGAACAUCACCAACGAGGACUUGGACCAACUCAAGUCAGCCUGCAAGGAGGACAUCACAGAGGACCAGAGCAACACAAUCACCUCCUCCAAGGAGUGGUUCAACUACCUGGAGAAAAACGAAAAGCUGGCACAGGAUAACCUGUCGUACAUCGAGCACAUCUUUGAGAUCUCCCGACGACCAGACCUGCUGACCCGGGUCAUUGAGUAUCGCACCACCGUACUCAAGAUCUCUGAGGACGACGAGAUCGACACCAAGCUCACACGCAUCCCCUCUGCCAAGAAAUACAAAGAUAUCAUUCGCCAACCCUCCGAAGACGAGAUCAUCAAGUUGGCCCCUCCCCCUAAAAAAGUGUGAGGUCAUCACCCCUGACCUUUGCACUUUGGCCCCUGGCACUCCAACCAUCUCGACCCCCC